CAGUGUCGUUUUGGAAUCCAUGACAAAAUUAUUCGAGAUACAGUGGAUGUGCGUGUUCUUUGGGGUAGUUUGCGCUGGUAGUGUGCUUCUGUUGAGUAUAUUUAUUGGAACUAUAAAGAUGUGCGCGGUGCACCUCUGCAAAUGUGAUUGUGCACAACCACAGCUCAAAAAGACACAUCCUAAGAGUCAAUGUGACGAGGCUACCAAGCCCAAUUCUCUGAUUGUUUCCACAGAAAACAGCGAUGACGAAUAUUCAGAUGCGGAUCCUCUUCUGAGGGAUGCAAAUGUAGCAGACGACAGAAACUCCUCACAUGACGGUGAGACCGCCACAGCAACGUCAGGCGUCAAAACAAAGCUGGGGAAGAAAAUAAAGAAAGUCCGUAGUCAAGUGAUUCUCUUUCGAGAGACGGUCAAAGACACCAGUAGCCAGGCUGCCAGUAAGGUCAAGGCGGGGGUGGUGAUGGGGGUGGAGCAGGUCAAGUUUGGAGUCAUGUCCAUGAAAGAGUUUUGUGGAGCCGGUGAGAUUGCUCAGACUGUUUCCAUCAUGUCUGUCAACACAGAUGUCGAUAGUGAAAAAACGUCUACACACAUCUCCAAAGUCACAACAUUUUGA